AUGCUGCUGCUGCUGGUUGUGGUGGUGGUGGUGCUGCUGCUGCUGGGGGUUGUGGGGGGGAGACAGCAGCAGCAGCAGCAGCAACAGCAGCAUCUGUCUCCUUACAAAGCUUCACCGAUGCAGAGACAGAGACAGAUGCAGAGACAGACAGAAAAGGAGACACAAACUCUCAGCAGCAGCAGCAGCAGCAGCAGCAGCAGAAGCAAAAGAAAAAAAAGAAAAAGCAGCAGCAGCAGCAGCAGCAACAGAAACAGAAACAGCAACAGGAGAAAACCCCCGUUGCUGCUGCUGCCAGCAGUGCAUGCACCGGCACUAGUAGCAGCAGCAGCAGCAGCAGUAGCAGCAGUAGCAGCAGCAGCAGCAGCAGCAGCAGCUGCAGCAGCAACAGCAGCAGCGCGCGAGACAGAGACAGAUGCAGAGACAGACAGAAAAGGAGACACAAACUCUCAGCAGCAGCAGCAGCAGCAAAAGAAGAAGAAGAAGAAGAAGCAGCAGCAGCAGCAGCAGCAACAGCAACAGAAACAGAAACAGCAGCAGGAGAAGACCCCUGUUGCUGCUGCUGCCAGCAGUGCAUGCACCGGCACUAGCAGCAGCAGCAGCAGCAGCAGCAGCAGCAGCAGUAGCAGCAGCAGCAGCAGCAGCAGCUGCAGCAGCAACAGCAGCAGCGCGUUGCAGCAGGACAAAGACAAAGACAACCCCCUCCCCCAGAGCUCCAACACACCACACAGAGAUGCAGACUUAGUCUCUUACCUGCGUGACCCACUGUCUCCGUUUCUGUCUCUGCAUUUCUUCGUUUCUUCUGCUCACCACCGCCGGGUGUACAGACAGCCCAGCCUGCGGCAGCCCCCGAACCACCGCCACAGCGCCCUGGGGGCUGUGGAUCUCUCUAAACAGCGGAGAGGGGGUGGGGGGCCCCUGGGGGCCCCCCUUGACUUGGGGGCCCCCGGGGGCCCCCAGGGGGAGGGGGGCCCCCAGGGAGAGGGGGGCCCCCAACGCUUUGUUGGACGCGCAAGGUCUGCUGUAGAACCGAGGGAGGAGAGGGGGGCCCCCAACGCUUUGUUGGACGCGCAAGGUCUGCUGUAG